AGAUUUGUAGUAGGUAGAUGGCAGUUUGAGCGCUCCUACGAAGUCACGUGUGUUUAUAGUUGUAAUGAUUUUUAUUAAAAAACUUUUAAAUUAUUUAUUUUAAUAAGAUAAUAUUUAAUAGAUAAGUUAAAGAAAAAUAUGAAGAAAAUUUGUAUUGUUUGUGAUAAGGAUGGAGCUGUCUAUAAAUGUCCUACGUGCAGAGAUUCAUACUGUUCUGUCGUUUGUUGCAAAGAGCACAAAAAAAUUGGCUGCAUCCUACCAGAACCACAAUCGAUUGAUGCUAAUUUAAACAUAGAUGAAAAUGGAAAAUAUGAUUUUCUAACAGAGGACACGGUACCGUUGGAAAAAUUAAUGAAAUUGCGUGAGAGUAAAGAAGUUAAAGACUGUUUAAAAAAUCCACACGUGCGUACUAUUGUAAAUGCGAUUUUAAAGGAUUCUAAUCCAACGAAAGCUAUAGCCUUAGCUAUGACAGAACCAAUAUUCGUAGAGCUUGCGGAUGCAUGUUUAAAAGUGGUAGAAAUAAAAGAGAAUAAAUGACCAAUAUAAUUGAAUAUUGUGCGCACAUACGAGCCAUUUGGAAUAUGAAAACAUUUUUGUACACAUAUUAUAGUUAUUAGAAAAUUUUAAUACUGUUAUUUUUUUUUUGUUUUUUUUUGUUUUAUAUAAAAACAUAGGAAACGUAGCAGCAGCAGUUUAGCAAGGUCAUUGUUAGAUAAUAAUUAUUUAAUGAUUAAGUAAUUAGAUAGAUAAAGUGGUGACAUUUAUGAAAGCUACAAUCCUUAAAAAUAUACGUAAUUGAUCCGUUAUAAAGUAAACAGAUAUUAACAAGUACUUUUUAUAGGGAUAUGUCUUGCAUUGAAAUAAAUAAUUCAAUUUCACAUGGUAAAUAUAUAUCUGUGCAGACAUAUCCGAAAGAAUUGAAAGAUAAAGAAGUAGUAAAAGAUGUAAAUGUUAAGCGAAUAGACUUUCCAAAAAAAAAAAAAAGAAAUGAAAAGAAAAAAAAGGAAGGUUAAAUUACAAUUACAAUUCUAUAUGUUGAGAGUAAAAAUUAGAAACGUAACUCUCGAGAUUUUGUGGUAAUUGCGUUCCAUCUAUUUCCAUUUCUAACGCGUAAUAUCUCUUUCUAACGUGAUGAGCUACCAUUUUUGGUUGUCUGUCUCUUGUAAAAAUACCUUUUUUAUUUCCACCUACUCUGUAAUAAGCUAGAAACAUAUAAAAUAUUUUUGUAUUUAUAUAAACAAUUUGUAAUAAUAUUUUCAAAGUUUUACAUUUUUGAAACAUUGAUUAAAAUAAAAAAUCUUACUUUGAGCUGUUCGAAA